UUAAAAUUCGGAUUAUUUGUCCACGCUCACCCGAUCAACAUCGAUUAGUCUAUUGAUCUAGCUAGCUUGCUAACUAGCCUUUAGGAAACACGCUGUGGGCGCGCAAGAUGGCGGUCAGUGCAGAUCAUUUGUUUUGGUAGUUGAAGGAAUUAUUGGAUUUCUUUACCCAAAUAUGACCAUUUGGUAGUUCAUUUCUAUGGUGAUAAACCCCGAAUGAAUGUGGUUUAGUUUGUUUACCAAAGUAAUUGAUUACUUUCUGCAAGUUUUCCACCUCUAAAACUAAGUUUUCGACACUACUAGAUAGUUUUUGAGCUAGCAAGCUUAUCUGGCUAGCUUGUAGAACUCACAUGGAGACUUCCAGAACCUAAAGGAAAGAAAUGGGGAGAUCGUCAGAUGGACAGUUAACCACAAAAGAUGGUGUGGUUGAGGGCACUCCUCUUCAGAAUGUAACUGUGGGGGGAAAAUACUCCAAUGGGUGAUGAAAAUAUGCCUUCCAUGUCUGAACUCAAGUCCACAGAGUCCCCAGGUUCUGGCUGUGGUAUUCCUGCCCAGAGAAGUUCACAGCAGGGUCCAGAGAUGGUCUCAGUGAAGCUGGAGGACUGCAGUCAAACACUGGAACUCAAUGUGAUUGUCAAAGAGGAGGAGGAGGAGAGAGGAAUCAAAGAGGAGGUGGAGAACAGGGAAGUGUCUGCUCCAGACCUAGAGGAGGAGGAGGAGGCAGCAGUAGAUAGUAUCACUGACCCAGGAGAGAGCUACAACCCAGGUUCAGACAGUGAGCCCAGUUCCACAGCAUCAGGAAACCAUAAACAACACAGACGGAGGAACUCAAGACAGAAACAUCACUGCAUGGACUGCUUCACUAGUUUCUAUGAGCCAGAGGAGUUGAGAAGGCACACUUGUAGGCCAAGACCCUGCUCAGAUUGCAGAGGCAGCUUUAUUUGCCCAACUCAACUCAUACAACACAAACAGACUCUCAAAACAAAGAAGCCUUACAUGUGUGGUCAAUGUGGCAAGAGAUUUCAGACCCCACGCACCUUGAAGACGCACCAGCUUACUCACACAGGAAAGAAGCCUUUCCACUGCUCCCAGUGUGGGAAGACUUUUGAUUCGUCAUUACAUUUGAAGAGACACCAUAAAAUACACACAGGGGAGAAGCCUUUCCAUUGCGCCCAAUGUGGGAAGAGUUUCAGUGAUGAAGGAAAUCGUAAUAAACAUCGGAGAAUACACACAGGAGAGAAGCCUCAUCAAUGUUCUGAAUGCGGGAAGAGUUUCAAUCAGUUAUCACAUUUAAAGGCACACCAACAAACUCACACAGGAGACAAUCUUUUUCACUGCUCUCCGUGUGGGAAGGGUUUCAGUCUGUCAUCUAAUCUGAAGAGGCACCAGCUAAUGCACAAAGAGAAGCCUUACCAAUGCUCUCAUUGUAGGAAGAGUUGGAAGUUGGAAGGAUGCCUUCAGAGUCAUCAGAGAAUACACAGUGGAGAGAAGCCCCACCACAGUUCCCAAUGCGGUAAAAGCUUCAAUCAAGCAGGAGACCUAAAGACACAUCAGAGAGUACACAGUGGCGAGAAGCCCUACCACUGCUCCCAAUGUGGAAAGAGCUUUAGUCGGGCAGGACGGCUAAGUGAACACCAGAAAUAUCACACCGGAGAGAAGCCAUACCGCUGUGAUCAGUAUGGGAAGAGUUUCCAUCAGCCUUCCAUGUCUGAACUCAAGUCCACAGAGUCCCCAGGUUCUGGUUGUGGUGUUCCAGCCCAGAGAACCUCACAGCAGGGUCCAGAGAUGGUCUCAGUGAAGCUGGAGGACUGCAGUCAAACACUGGAACUCAAUGUGAUUGUCAAAGAGGAGGAGGAGAGAGGAAUCAAGGAGGAGAGAGAAGUAAAAGAGGUUGAUCAGAGAGCAGUCAAAGAGGAGGAGGAGACAGAAAUCCAAGAAGAGGUGGAGGAGAGAGCAGUCAAAGAGGAAAUGGAGAAGAUAGAAGUCAAAGAGGAAGUAGAGAUGCCAGUCAAAGAAGAGCAUGAGAGAACAGUCAAAGAAGAAGAAGAGGAGGAGGUAGUUAUAAGCAUCAAAGAAGAGGUGGAGAAAAGAUCAGUGAAAGCAGAAGAGAACAAGGAAGGAGCUGCUCAACAUCUAGGAACUGAAGAAGUAGAUAGUAUCAGUGACCCAGGAGAGAGCUCCAACCCAGGUUCAGACAGUGAGCCCAGUUCCACAGCAUCAGGAAACCAUAAACAACACAGACGGAGGAACACAAGACAGAAACAUCACUGCAUGGACUGCUUCACUAGUUUCUACGAGCCAGAGGAGUUGAGAAGGCACACUUGUAGGCCCCGCUCCUGCUCAGAUUGCAGAGACAGUUUUAUUUGUCCGAUUCACCUCAAAUCACACCAACAAAGUCUCAAAAUAAAGAAGAUGUACCCGUGUGGUCAAUGUGGGAAGAGAUUUCAGACCCCAAGCAGCUUGAAGAUGCACCAGAUUACUCACACAGGAAAGAAGUCGUACCACUGCUUUCAGUGUAGGAAGACUUUCGGUUGGUCAUUCAAUUUGAAGAGACACCAGAAAAUACACACAGGGGAGAAACCUUUCCACUGCUCCCAGUGUGGAAAGAGCUUCAGUCAGACAGGAGACCUAAAGAAACAUCAGAGAAUACACACAGGAGAGAAGCCUUACCACUGCUCUGAGUGUGGGAAGAGCUUCAGUAUAGAAGCAAAUCUAAAGGAGCACCAGAAAAUACAUACAGGAGAGAAGCCUUUCCACUGCUCCCAAUGUGGUAAAAGCUUCAGUCGGUUAAGAGAACUAAAGAAACAUCAGAGAAUACACACAGGGGAAAAGCCAUACAGCUGUGGUCAGUGUGGGAAGAGUUUCAGUCAAACAGGAGUCCUAAAGAGACACCAGCUAACUCACACAGGAGAAAAACCUUUCAACUGCUCCCAGUGUGGGAAGGAUUUCAGUCAGUCAUCACUUUUGAAGAGACACCAGCUAACGCACACAGGAAAGAAGCCUCACCACUGCUCUCAUUGUGGAAAAAGUUUUAAAUUGGAAGGAAGCCUUCAGAGUCAUCAGAGAAUACACAAUGGAGAGAAGCCCCACCACUGCUUCCAAUGUGAGAAAGCUUUCAGUCAGGCAGUAGACCUAAAGAAACAUCAGAGAAUACACACAAGGGAGAAGUCUUUCCACUGCUCUCAGUGUGGGAAGACUUUCGGUCGGUCAUUAUUUUUGAAGCGACACCAGAGAAGACACACGGGGGAGAAGCCUUUCCACUGCUCCCAAUGUGGGAAGACCUUUAGUGAAAAAGGAAAUCUAAAGCAACACCAGAGAAGACACUCAGGAGAGAAACCGUACAGAUGUGAUCAGUGUGGGAUUUGUUUUAAAUGGAAACAAAGCCUGAAGGAACAUACGGAGGCAAAGCACAGUGCAGUGCCCAACUCUAACCUUAUAAUGGAGUUGCCAAGCUGGGCAUCUACAUAUCUGACUAAUAUUGACUGACUGUUUUUUUUGUUAUUCUGUUAAACCACUUUUAAAAUAUAUAUUUGAUCUUCUACCACUUUUUAUUUAGACAGCCAAAAACACAGGGGGCGACAGGAAACUGGUAGGGUGGACACGGGACACUGGUAGGGUGGAGGACACGGGAAACUGGUAGGGUGGAGGACACGGGAAACGGGUAGGGUGGAGGACACGGGAAACUGGUAGGGUGGAGGACACGGGAAACUGGUAGGGUGGAGGACACGGGAAACUGGUAGGGUGGAGGACACGGGAAACUGGUAGGGUGGAGGACACGGGAAACUGGUAGGGUGGAGGACACGGGAAACUGGUAGGGUGGAGGACUGGUAGGGUGGAGGACACGGGAAACUGGUAGGGUGGAGGACACGGGAAACUGGUAGGGUGGAGGACACGGGAAACUGGUAGGGUGGAGGACACGGGAAACUGGUAGGGUGGAGGA